AUGAAGCUCACUAUGAUCCUUACGGUCCUUGGCCUGGGCCUUACCGCUGUUGCGGCCCCUGCUCCGCUGCACCUGGAAGCUCCUCCAACCCCACCAACACCCCCGACUCCUCCCACCCCUCCUUCUCCUACUUAUUCCGCUCCCGUCAAUGCUCCCGGAUAUCCUUAUGUCAAUGCUCCGCCGAUUCCCCCAACUCCUCCCACUCCCCCUACUCCUCCGACCCCUACUGGUGUGUAUGGUCCGCUUAUCGGUGACAACAAUUACCAAAAUCUUCCUGCUACUCCCCCGACACCCCCCACUCCUCCCACACCUCCCACUCCUCCUACCCCUUCUGGGGGAUACUGA